CAGACGACACACUUGCUAGCGAAAAUGAAACUGGUUUGUGGAUGACUUAAGAGGCAGUCAGAAGAAAACGAAAACAAAACGGCUUUUAGAUUUUUUAUAAAUACCCGAAGGGUCAGUGUUAACCCUGGAAAGCGGAGCCACAGCCACACGACGCUGGGAAUGUUGAGUCAACACCAGAGUUUGAGAGGACGGACUGUUCUUAAAUGGAGUCUGUAGCAGCGGGCUCAGUUACUUGGUGAGGCUGCAGCUGCUGUCACUAUGGCUCACUUUGACACAGAAUACCAACGCCUGGAGGCGUCGUACAGCGACUCUCCCCCCGGAGAGGAGAACCUGCUGAUGCAUGUGCCUGAAGGAGCUAAAUCCCAGUGGCACCACAUAGAAAACCUGGACCUGUUUUUCCAGAGAGUGUAUAAUCUGCACCAGAAGAAUGGAUUCACCUGUAUGCUGCUGGGAGAAAUCUUUGAGCUUGUCCAGUUGCUGUUCGUGGUUGGCUUCACAGUGUUCCUGGCUAACUGCGUGAACUAUAAUGUACUCUUUGCCAACGAGCCUGUAAACCACACUGAUUCCUCUAAAGUCACCCUGCCAGAUGCCUUUCUCCCAGUGAAUAAGUGCAGUGCACAUAUCCGAAACAAUGCAUAUGUGAUCUUCGUGCUGGUAAUCUCGGGGGUGUUCUGGCUUCAUCGCCUUGUCAAAUUCAUCUACAACGUCUGCUGUUACUGGGAGAUCCGAUCCUUCUAUAUCAAUGCACUGAGAAUGACCAUGUCAGAGCUCCCCUACGUGACAUGGCAGGAGGUUCAGGCCAGGAUAGUGGAGAUUCAGAAGGAACACCAGAUCUGCAUCCAUAAGAAAGAACUGACAGAGCUUGACAUUUACCACCGCAUCCUCCGCUUUAAGAACUACAUGGUUGCCAUGGUGAACAAGUCCCUCCUUCCUGUGCGAUUUCGACUUCCUCUUCUAGGGGAUUAUGUUUUCUACACCCGGGGGUUGAAGUACAACUUUGAGCUCAUCUUCUUCUGGGGUCCAGGCUCUCUUUUUGAAAAUGAAUGGAGCCUGAAACCAGAGUACAAGCGAGGAGGGAACAGACUUGAGCUGGCAGACAGGCUCGCAUCACGUAUUCUGUGGAUUGGGAUUGCUAAUCUGCUGCUGUGUCCAGUUAUUCUGGUGUGGCAGAUUCUCUAUGCCUUCUUUAGUUACACAGAGGUGAUCAAGCGAGAGCCUGGUUCCUUGGGAGCAAGAUGCUGGUCUCUGUAUGGUCGAUGUUACCUGCGCCAUUUCAAUGAGUUGGACCAUGAGCUCAUGUCUCGACUCAGCAAAGGCUACAAGGCUUCAUCCAAGUAUAUGAACUGCUUUCUGUCACCACUGUUGACGGUGGUUGCCAAAAAUGUUGCGUUUUUUGCCGGGUCCCUCCUUGCUGUCCUCAUUUCCCUGACCAUCUAUGAUGAGGAUGUUCUUGCAGUGGAACAUGUUCUGACAUCAAUCACACUCCUUGGAGUGUGUAUUACAGUCUGCAGGUCUUUCAUCCCUGAUAAGCACAUGGUGUUUUGUCCCGAGCAGCUGCUGCGUGUCAUCCUGGCUCAUAUUCAUUACAUGCCUGAUCACUGGCAGGGCAACGCACACAGAUAUGAGACUCGUGACCAGUUCUCCCAGCUCUUCCAGUACAAAGCAGUGUUUAUUCUAGAGGAGCUGCUGAGUCCGGUGGUCACUCCAAUCAUUUUAAUCUUCUGUCUGAGGAGGAAGUCCCUGGAGAUCAUUGAUUUCUUCAGGAACUUCACAGUGGAGGUGGUCGGGGUGGGAGACACUUGCUCCUUUGCUCAGAUGGACAUCAGGCAGCACGGACACCCUGCGUGGAUGUCUGAGGGCAAGACGGAGGCGUCCAUCUACCAGCAGGCUGAGGAUGGAAAGACAGAACUGUCCCUGAUGCACUUUGCUAUCACCAACCCUCAGUGGCAGCCUCCACAGGAAACCACUCAUUUUAUCAGCCAGCUGAAAGAACGAGUCCACAGAGAGGCAACAGGGGCCACUUCAGACAUUCAUCCACUGUCACUGUCUGAGUCUGAGCCAAAGAGCCUCAUUGCCAACCUCCUGGCAGGCCCCUCCACCGUGACCUCCCUUCAUUUUGGCAGGGACAGCUCUUUGGCAAAUCAUGCUGCCGCUGGUUUAAGCGAUGGAGCUUCUGCUUUGCGCUCUCUGUCCCCUAUCAGCAGCAGUCUUCAUCUGAGAGGCAGUUUGAGUGCAGCUCACAGAGCAGCUGGUCACACUUCAACCAUGAGCAAAGCAAUGGCAGGGUCUGGGACGGAUGCUCGGACUGUGAGCUCAGGCAGCAGUGCAUGGGAGGGUCAACUCACCAGUUUGAUCCUGUCUGAGUAUGCCUCCACUGAGAUGAGCAUCCACGCUCUGUACAUGCACGAGCUACACAAGCAACAAUCCCGUGGUGAGCUCUCUCGUCACACAUGGCACAGGCAGGAGAGCGAUGAGAGCAGUGACAGCGUCCCCGAUGAAGUGAGGAGUGAACCCAACCCUCAGUCCAGGAAUUUCCCUCGCUCACACACUUUCCCCAAUGCAGUUCCCAGUCCUAGUGCCAUUCCUGCAUCAGCGUCAGCAGAUAGCAGGACAACCAUGGGUCAGGAGGGGGUGUCAUCCCAGAGCAGUAGCCAGCGGCGCCACAGUGGACCCACCCAAGACUCUUUUGGUGCAGGGGGGAAAGUAGUGAGGUCAGCCCGUGUGCCCAUGGGAGGAUGGGCAGAGGAGGGCCAAGCAGCACCACGACACCAUGAACCAGUACCAGAGGAGAGCUCAGAGGAUGAAUUGCCCCCUCACAUACACAAGAUUACAUAACAGAUCCCUGUGCUGGCUUCUUACCCUCCAGAGAAAAACAAACAUGCUUUCUCAAAAUGAAGUGGAGAUGAAGAUGGACAAGUGCAAAAGAUAAAUGUUGGUUAAGAUGAUCAAAGUUUCAAAGAUACUGUAUGACUUAUUACAUGCCUAGAAGGCAGACAGGGUAGUUUUCUAGUUUGUUUAUCAAAUGAAGGCAGGCAGGAUCAAGUUACUUAGAGCCAUUGAUACCUGUAGAGUACACAACACUCUUUUUGUCAUGUCAGCAGAUUACAUACUGAAAGUGCAUUUGUUGCUGUAGUGCAAUUUAAAAAUGGGCAUCGUUGCACUUGGCUGCUGGAGGAGGAAUGCAAAACAAUUUGCUCAAAAUAUCAUUACAACAAUUUCAGUUGUGCAAGUGGUAUGAUUUUUCCAAAAAUCCAGCUGAGAAAUGUAUGAUGUCUUUCUAAGAAAAGAAGCAUUCAAAAAUGUAUGAAGAAUGAUAAAGCUACCAGACUUUCAUGGUUGUAUCUCAUCUUGUACCUAGAGAUUAUAACCUGCGCUCUCUAUUGCAGCCUGCAGUCUGCCUCUUUGCUAAAAGUCGUAUACUAUGAAAUUCACCUUACAAUACUCCAUAGAGUGUUUUGUUAAACUCAACAUUUAUGACAUAACAACGUUCAUGUGAAUUCCAAAUGUUCUAAAGCAUUUUACAGUGUCUGUUUCAAAAGAUAGACUUCUGUUUAAAAGACAAUUACAUAUUGCAGUCUGAUAUUCUGCACACAUACACAUGCACUUUGUAAAUACAUUUUAUCAGGUUAAUUUGCAGCGAUCCUUAAAAUGAUUAAGUGAUUCAGAUUCACACGAUGAAGAGGCCAGCUUCUUUAACCUGGCAACCAAGAUGCUGUCUGUCAGCACAUAUCUUUGUGAUUCAACCAGUGCUUUUAUUCAUAUUCAUUUUUCAUGAGACUGUCAGAAGGGUGCAGCAAAAGAUCUGUCUUGCGCAUGUAAUAUUGAAUUCUGUGCCAUAAAUAUGCCUCUCAGCACAAGUGCAUGUCCAUCGUCCAUACAAUCGUCAUUAGAGUUGCAGCACACCGAGGCUACCACACUUUCACCACCUUUCACAUCCUGUUUAACAACAGCAUGACUCUCCUUCUACCUUUGAUUCUGUUCUUUUGCAGCAAUUCUUUAAAAAGAAUUAUGCACUUUAAUCAUUUAUAAAAUGCAGAGGGUGUCACUUGUUUGUAUGUUAACGGUGUCAUGUGUAUAUAUUUUUAAAGAUAGUUUUAUUUAUAAGAGGGAAGUGCCAUGGUGCGCUCUGUUUCAAACGUCAAAGAAACACUAAAGCGCUGGAAGUGCGGUAAUUUUAAGUAACGAUGCUCGGGGAAUUUUGUUGUUUGUUGUAUAAAUAUUGUAAAAUAUCAUUUUGUACAGCUGUAAAGUCAUCCAAUAAAGACAAGGCAAUGA